GCAGCAGUGGCUCCAGGCCAAUAGGUUAUAGCAAUGCAGAAAUCAGCCAAGUCAAGGAAACCUCAAGGGCCAACAGAUUUUCCCCCAGAGGAGGCCCAAGAUGACGGCAACCUGCCAGAAGCUACGGGUGAGCAGAGCACGGAAGCACAAAGUCUCUCAGAGCUCUCAACUUUAUUAAAAGGCCUGAUGCAACAGCAUGCUGACCGUGAGGCAAAAUGGGAGCAGGACAGACAACGCCAGGAUGAACGGUGGCGUAGAAUGCAACACCAGUUCAGCCAACUGCAGCAGGAAGUCCAGUCGGAGCGCCGGGAGCAUCAGAUGCUGUGGGAAGGUGCAGUAGCUGAUUCCGGAGUGCCUCCGAGUCCCUCAGUGCGGCAAAAGGUGCAGCAACCUGUUCAACAGCGAGGAAACCCCCCUGAAUCUUCGGCAGCACCACAUUCAUCCAAUCUGGGCAGAGCAAGUGGUUGGAAAGGCCCGAAGAUGCAGCCCUAUGGUGAGGAUGAAGAUAUUGAACAUUAUUUAACCACUUUUGAGAGGAUUGCAACAGGAUGUCAGUGGCCACAAGAAGAAUGGGCACUGCAUCUGGCUCCACUUCUUAGUGGUAGAGCACGUGCGGCAUAUGUUGCUAUGGACACUGAAGAGACAAUGGACUAUGAUAAAGUAAAAACCGCCGUUCUUGAAAAAUUUGAAAUAAGUGCUGAGACUUACCGAAUCAGAUUCCGCAACAUGACGGUGAAGGAUGAUGAGACACCCAAAGAGCUGCGAACGCGCCUUAAAGACCUAUAUGAAAAGUGGAUGCUUCCAAAGGAGAAGACAAAGGACCAAAUAGGAGAUGUCAUAGUGAUGGAGCAGUUUCUCAGAGUUCUUAACCCAGAGCUGAGGACCUGGGUGAAAGAGCGCAACCCCACCACUUCAAAAGAAGCUGCAGAGAUGGCAGAGGCUUUUCUUGCAGCCCGACGCCCACAAAAAGGGUACAUGGUAGGAAAACCAAGUUCAGCCCCUGUAUUUGUGGGUAAGUCAGGGGGUGGUAAUGGGUACAGAGCUAAAUGCCCUAAACAAAGUUCUCCAAUCACUAGCAGUAGCCGCGCUAGAGAAGUAAAGCAGAGAGGCCCGUUAGUAUGUCAUGCCUGUGGUCAAGCAGGUCACUUUAAGGCAGAUUGCCCAGGUCAGCAAGUCAGUAAGACUUACAUGUGUCUUUCACCUCAGUGUUUUGAUUUGGUAGAGGAGGAAACUGAGUCUCUCGUAUCCUCCAGUGAUCAGGAGCACACCAUCUGUGUUUUCAUUGAGGGAAAGCCAUGUGUUGCCCUCUUGGAUUCAGGCAGUAGCCGCACACUUGUCAGGCAAGAUUGUCUCCCUAGUGACACCACAUUUUGUGGUAAAGUUAAAGUCUGGUGUGUUCAUGGUGAUAAUGUUGAUUAUCCUAUUGCCAAUGUUUGCCUUCAAGUUAAUGAAAAGGAGUACGCACUUACAGUAGGAGUAAUGGAUAAACUUCCCUACCAGAUUGUGUUGGGCCGAGACAUGCCAAUUCUGGGAGAGUUAUUAGCAAGGACAGAGAAGGACAGAGAAGAGAAGAAUCUGCAUGUUCAGUCCGAAGGUCUGCUAGUAGUCACUAGGUCUGGUAAUAACGCUUCUCAUUCAGAGCUAGGUUUGAGUGAGUUGCCCGACGCAGACAGUGAAAUUCCAGAUAUUGACAGACUAAAUAGGCCACAUAUAAAGAAAAGUAAAAUGCAGAGAAGACAGGAAAAAGUGAGGGGGACAGAAAUUGCUGAGUCACUUCCUGAACCAGAGAUUGAUGAGCUCCUGGUUGUUCCGAGCAAUAUUGUCCAACUCCAAAGGGAGGAUCCCUCUUUAGCACCCCUGUUUGCUAAGAGCACCCAAGAAUCAGCUCAGAUUACAGACAGAGUACGAGAAGUAUUCAUUGUAAAAAACGAACGACUGUAUCGCCGUAGCAAAGUCGGUGACCAGUUGGUUGUUCCCAAAAGCUUAAGGCCUAUAGUUUUGCAGUUGGCUCAUUCAGUUCCUUGGGCAGGCCAUUUAGGACAUCUUAAAACCUUUUCCAGAAUGGUAACUCGUUUUUUUUGGCCACAGCAAUUUUCAGACACUGUCCAGUUUUGUAAAUCAUGUCCACAGUGUCAGUUGACAGCCCCGAGUAAGAAAGGAGAUAGAGCCCCACUCAUUCCUAUGCCUGUGAUAGACAUCCCCUUUUCUCGUGUUGCCAUGGAUAUUGUUGGCCCAUUGGAGAGAAGUAGUUCAGGGCAUAGGUACAUUCUAGUGAUUUGUGAUUAUGCAACAAGGUAUCCUGAAGCUUUCCCAUUGAGAAGGGUCAAAGCCCGCCAAAUAGCUAAUUGUCUGAUACAGAUGUUUUCAAGGGUGGGUAUUCCCAAAGAAAUCUUGACAGACCAAGGCUCAAACUUCACUUCCAACCUGUUGAAGGAAGUCUACAAACUUCUGGGAAUUACCGGAAUCAAGACGAGCCCUUAUCAUCCACAAACUGAUGGACUUGUUGAGAGGUUCAAUAAAACCCUGAAAUCAAUGCUGAGGAGGUUCGUAAGAGAAUCAGGAAAAGACUGGGACCAAUGGCUUCCAUUUUUGCUUUUCGCCUAUAGAGAGGUACCACAAGCAUCAACUGGAUUUUCUCCGUUUCAGCUCUUGUACGGCCAUAAUGUCAGAGGUCCACUGGAUGUACUUAGGGAAGCUUGGGAGGAAGCUAGCCCUGAAAAACAGUGCUCUUCCCUCUCUUAUGUGUUGAAAAUGAGGGACAAGCUUGAACAGUUCCAGGAACUGGCUCAUUGUCACCUAGUAAGUGCCCAGCGACGUCAAAAACAGAACUAUGAUAAGACAGCUCGCAGGAGGACCUUUAAAGAAGGACAAAAAGUGUUGCUCCUUUUGCCAACCACUGAAAGCAGCCUGUUAGCCAAAUGGCAGGGGCCAUUUGUGAUAAACAGGAAGGUUGGCCCUGUCACUUAUGAGCUCAACAUGCCAGAUCGUCGGAAAAAACACCAGGUGUUUCAUGUCAACAUGUUGAGGGAGUGGACUGAGAAGCCGGAGCAAUCACUUCAGUUGUGGGCUCGUGUUGUACUGCAUGAAGAAGAGCCUCAAGAGCAAUUCUUUCCCACCAGUACUGAAGAAGAGCUAUUUCCGGAUUUGAGCCAUCUACCACCAGAACAGCAGGAGGAGCUCGCAGCCGUAAUGCCACAGGAGCUUUUCAGCACAAAGCCAGGUUACACCCAUCUUAUUCAACAUGACAUACGCCUGCGUUGUCCGAAUCAACCACCCAUCAGGGAUACCACCUCCAGAGUUCCAGCAAAGCUAAUGCCAGCAUUGAAACAGGAGGUGGAAGAAAUGCUUGCAACAGGGAUUAUAGAGCCAUCUAGAGAACUAUGCCUUUUGGACUACAUGGAGCUCCAGCCACGUUCCAGAGGCUGGUGGACUUGGUUCUGAAAGGAGCUGAUGGCUAUGCAGCAGCAUAUAUUGACGACAUUGUGGUGUUCAGCGAGACAUGGGAGGACCAUGUGAAACAUCUGGCUGAUGUCCUGCAACGC